AUGCAUUGGUUGCCUGUCAGCACGCCAGAGCCCACACCCACCGAAUGUGUAUGCGAGGAAGUCUUCUGCAUCCUGUCAUUCCCUGAAGGUUGCUACUGCCAGAACGAUGCGAAGAAGGCGUGCUUCGAGAAGUGCGGCGGCGAGGAGCCGACAUACCAGGACUGCAGUAUUCCAAUUGACUCUGUCAAAGCUCGCGCCCCGGAGCCGGAGCCCGUCCCAGAGCCUGUACCUGCGCCAUUCCCAGCACCUCAAGAUGAGACCUGUGUCUGCGAAGAUGUUAUCUGCAUUCUUUCUUUCCCUGAGGGCUGCUACUGUCGCAACGAUGCGAAGAAAGCGUGUUUCGAGAAGUGCGGUGGUGAAGAGCCAACCUAUGACGACUGCAGUGUCGACAGCGUGAACCCCCAGCCCGCACCAACACCAACGCCAUUAUUGCCAGAGCCUAUUUGUGUAUGCGAGGGAUAUGUAUGCAUUCAAUCUUGGCCUGAGAGUUGUCUUUGCCGUAAUGCCGCGGACAAGGCCUGCUUCGAGAAGUGUGGUGGGGAAGAGCCGACCUACCAGGACUGUGGCGUUGAUCUCACACCUCGUGCCGCAGAGCCCGUACCGGAACCAGUACCAGAGCCACAAGAUCAAGUCUGUAUCUGGUGCCCGGAAGCCGAUUGCACUCUAGCUUUCCCUGAGGGCUGCUACUGUCGCAACGACAACGCGAGAAAAUGCUUCGAGGAAUGCGGUGGUCCAGAGCCGAUUUACGAGGACUGCAGUAUCGAUAUCGCACCUCGUGCUCCAGAGCCCGUGCCGGAACCAGUACCCGAGGCACAGUCCGAGGAUUGCACUUGUGAGCCCGUCUUCUGCCUUGGACCCGGGUCUUGUCGGUGCGCCUACGACGCAGCGGUAGCGUGUGCCCAGAAAUGUGGUGGUCCCGCGCCGCCUGACUUCUGCCCUCCUCGCCCCGUCGAAGCUCGCGAAGCGAAGCCAGAGCCCGUGCCAGAAGCAAAGCCAGAGCCUGAGGCCGAGCAUGUGCCGAGAAAUGUGGUAACCCCGUGCCUGUCGACACCUGCCCUCCUCGCCCCAUCGAGGCUCGCAAAGCAGAACCAGAGCCAGUCCCGGAACCCGUACCUGAGCCGCAAGAAGAGACAUGCGAAUGCGAGCCCGUAG